AUGGGUACUAAAGGCUCGUCCAUGUCACCGCCACCUUACGAUUAUGAUCCAUUUGAAUUAUUGAGACAAAGCAAUUUCUCUGACGACGAAUAUGAACGUUGUUUUCGAUUUUUUGAUUCCCAAAAACGAGGCUUUUGGACUCGUGAAGAAUUUCGUCGUUUCCUCAGUUCACUCUUUUCCAACAAACAACGACCCUAUUUCAUUCUAAACGAUCGCAUUGAAGAAUAUUUUCGUGACACAGAUUUCAAUCAGGAUGAUCAAAUUGAUUACGAUGAAUUCAUUCAAGCAUGGAAAACAACGAUCAAAUGUGCUGUCAGACCGAUUAGCGCACUUGUUAUAGUCGAUGUUCAGAAUGACUUCAUUUCUGGUUCGUUAGCGCUACAUUCCUGUCCUGCCAAUCAUCAAGGAGAAGAAGUUGUUCCUGUAAUCAAUCGAGUUAUUCGUGAUGUUAAUUUCGAUGUGGUCGCCUAUACAUAUGAUUGGCAUCCAUUGAACCAUAUAUCCUUCUAUGAAAACCGUCAUUUAAGAAGUGCGGCACCCGAAAGUCCUAUUGCUGUGGACAGUGCGCAUGUACUCGAUACUGUUCUGUUCGUUGGUCCACCGAAUUUAACAUCAACAAUCGAACAAGUUCUCUGGCCAGCGCACUGUAUUCAAAAAACGCCCGGCGCUGACUUACAUCCUGAUCUGAUUCGCGUGGACAAUGCUAUACAUGUUUACAAAGGAACUAAUCCUGAAAUCGAUUCCUAUUCAGCAUUUUGGGACAACAUGAAAUUGAGUAAAACAAGUUUAGACGAUCAACUGCGAGAACGGUCAGUGACCGAUGUGUAUGUCGUUGGUUUAGCUACGGAUGUUUGUGUUGCUGCAACGGCGAUGCAUGCAGUAGAGAAUAAUUAUCGAACAGUGUUAAUUGAAGAUGCUUGCCGUGGUGUGAAUGAACAUGAAAUCGAAGUUAAACGCGCAGAACUUAACGAAUGUGGCAGUAUUUUUGUUGAUUCAGAUGUUGUACCGGGAAUGGUUGCUGGUGUUGAUCGUCGACCCGAAGUUGCACGUGGUAUGUUUGUUGAAAAUCUCAAAGCAAUUGGACACUACCAUCCUCGUUAA